AUGAAUAUAAUUGAUAUUUUAAUUUUUUGUUCUGUUUUUAUGUCAUCCUCGAAUUCAAUUAAUCAAACUGUUGAUGGCGCUCAAGAUCAAGAUGUCCAUACUGGUCAAUAUGUGGAAGUUGAUGAGAACCAUUCUUUCAAUCUUUGUCUGUCAAUUCCAGAUCAUAUUUUAAAGAGUCUAAGUGAAGAAUCUGGAAAUCAAAUGUCCAUUGUUACAAAAUCAUCGGAUUUGCAAUAUCUAAGAAAGUUUAUAUUGGUAGAAUAUGACUCUGCAUACCUGUGUGGAAAGUUCAAUAUAAGCAAUAGUACAUUCAUCAAUUAUAUUGAAAAUUCAGUUGAAGAUAUCUCUAAGAUAAUUAAUCUUAUAUCAAAAGGAAUGGCAAUGGUGGAUGGUCUUGUCAAGGAAAUCAUCUUCUCUAAUCAAUCAAUUACUAAGUGCCACAGUAAAAUUUCAACUGACUCAAUAGCCAACAAACUGAAUAAAAUCAUUGGUGAUAUCAAUCGUACCAAGGAAGAAGCCACAAAAUUUCAGAAUAUACUUUCAAAUACUGCCGAUGCCAAUCUAAACUUUCUUAUAAAUAGAACUGGAUCAUCUAUUAAGAACGAGUUAUUUGAAGCAGGUACUCUUUUAAUUAAAUUCCUACAAUUUGGUUUAUAUGUCUUGUCCAACAUGGACAAAGACAGCUCAGUCUUUCAAAAUGUCCAAGUUAAGUUCACCGACUUUAACAACAUCCUUUUGAACAUUGCAGAAAGUGCUAAAGCCGUCGACGAUACUCUUCUAGAGAACUGGAAAGAGAUUCAAGGAAGACUGCUAGAGAGCCGUAUCGUCUUUGGUUUAGACAAGAUUAAGAGUAUCUUUUCGACAACUAUUUCAAAUCCUUUUGAUGAAAUAGCUCUAAAUGAAUACUUAAAUUCUGAAUUGGUAAACCCAUUGAAUGGAAAGUUUGCAAAUAUUCGAAAUUCAAUUUCAUAUAUUGGCCAAUCGCUAAUUACCAUUGCCAAUUUAAAGACACAACUAUUAGAUUUACCUGAAGGUGAGAGUCAAAUGCGAUUAGAUGCAAUCUUCCAUGCAUUCAUUACAUUGGAAAAGUUGAUCAUUAUUGAACAGUCUAAAACCAGCUAUCUUAGUCCACUUAUCAAUCUCAUGCAGAAAGCCGAAGACUUUGUAAAGAUGGAUAUCCAAUCAUUGAACGAUGAAAAUAUCGAAGAAACACUAAUGGCAUUACAAAAUAGUGUGGAGGCACUAAAUCUAAUCUCAGUUUCAUCUAGAUUGAUUACAGAAGAGAAGGCGAAACUGGACAAGUUAAAACUUUCAUAUGGAGUGAAGAAGAGAGGUAGUAUUUAUAAUACUAUGGUCUCUCAUAAUCAUUAUGAACAAUUAACUAAACAUAUUAUUCAACCAAACAAGAUCAUGGGAAUGCUUAGAGUAAACUAUGAGGGUACAACAUCUUUUCAAACAGAUAUUCUUCCAAAUUCUUCUUUUAUGGAGGAAAUAAGUUAUUCUAUUCAAUCAAGGGAUGAUGAAUCCUUAAGAUCAUCAAUUAGUAAGAUGGAAAAGGAAAGAAAAGACAAAAUAAUGGAAUUUCAAUCAAUAAAUAAAUCAACUACACAACAUACUCUAAAAAAAACAAACAAUAGUCCGAAAGAAACAUCAAUAACCACUAAUAGUAAUAUUAAUAAUUUCAAUGUUCAACUUAAAAAGACUGGUAUAUUGUUAAAAGAAAGUAAUAAUAAUUAUUCAAAACCUAAUAACAAUAAUAAUAUAAAUAAUUAUAGCAACAAUAUUCGAAAGACUGUUGUCCCUCAAAGUAAUACUAAAGUCAGUACUAAAAUUAUUAUCAAUAAUAAUAGUAUUGAUAGUAGUAGCAUAGGUAAAAGUGUAAAGGAAAGAGCUGCUGCUUAUUUAUCAACAAUAAGUCUAAACAAAAAAUAA